UAAGCCCUUAACAUCCAAUGGAGAUGAGAAAAAGUACUUCUUAAUGUGCAGAUUUUGUUGUAUAAUGGUGCGUUCAAGGGCCUGGUCACCAUUAAUGCUCAUGUUCAAGGAGUGUGGAUUUCCCUUUUGUUUGUUUUUUCUUAAUAGACACAAAUAGAAGCAAUGGCUUUUGUGCGGAUUGACUUAUCACAUUUUAGAAUCUGAAAACCACCAAUGGAUCAUCAGUAUAUGGAACUUUAUUCUUCACUUAGUUUUGGAGGAGAAUUGUUGGCAUUAAUGCUUUUCUGUACCCUUUUGUCUACAGGUGUUUCUUGGUCAGCAUGGCAGUCGUCAUCCGUUUACAGGGAUUGUCGAUAGCAGCGGGUUCUCAGGACAUUCGCAAGUUCUUCAGUGGCCUUAGAAUUCCAGAUGGGGGAGUGCAUAUAGUUGGAGGCGAGUUAGAUGAAGCAUUCAUCAUUUUUGGCUCAGAUGAGGAUGCAAGAAUUGCCAUGACUAAAUCUGGUGAUUAUAUCAAAGACUCACCUGUUAAAUUGCUGCUGAGCAGCAAAACAGAAAUGCAAAAUGUUCUGGAAAGAAGCUCUGUGAAUAUGGUCAUGGAUCAAAGAAAAAUGCUGGAUGAAAAACCAAGACGUAUGAAGAUGGAAGAAAAGAGGGGACUCAGACAUUCAACUGAUCGUGGAAGGCCUUCUGGCAGAUUGGGCUACUCUCCAACACAACACAGAAGGACAUCAGGCUUUGAAAAAGACAGACAACUGAUGCUGCGAGGGAUGCCCUUCUCUGCCACUGAGAAAGAUGUGCUUAAGUUCUUUGACGGUUUGGCUGUAGAAAAGGUGGUUCUUGUGCAGAACAAUAGAGGACAAAACAAUGGGAAUGGCCUUGUAACAUUUGCAUCAAAGGAAGAUGCAAACCAUGGGCUAAAAAGGCACAAGCAAUACAUCGGUACAAGAUUUGUUGAGAUUUAUACAUUGAAAGAAUGGCAACAGGUUUUUGGGGAUACCAUUGGUGUAGCUCCGUCAGGAAUGUCUGAAAGGCAGCAACAAUCACAGCCUCGCAGUCAGGAGGCUUCACAGUAUCAUGGAAGAUCAAGGUCCCCCCCUUUAGUCCGUAGCUCCUCACCCUCAAGUGGUGAAUACUGUGUUCUUUUAGACAAUAUGUCCUAUGCUGCAGAAAAACAUGACAUCAUGAAGUUUUUCUCUAGAGCCAGGCUUGGAAGUGAUCAGAUUCUCUACCUGCUGGAUGGCAGUGGCUCAAGAACAAGACGUGCAUUUGUGCUUUUUAGAAGUCUGCAGGAUUACCGUGAUGCUUUGGAUCGAGACAACCGAACUAUGGUUAAUCGAAAUAUUAGCGUUCGUCCAAUCUCAAGAGAAAAAAUGAUCAGUCUUUUGGAAGAUCAGAAGCUCGAUUCUUCCAGUGACAGAAACAGCAUCCACAUAAGGUCCCUUCCAUUUGAUGUGAGGAAAGUUGAGGUCAUGGACUUCUUAAUUGGGUUUAAUGUGGCUGAGGAUGAUGUUAUUCUCCUGCGUGAUCAUAAAGGAAAUGGCCUUGGUGAGGUUAUAGUUUCUUUUCAGACUGAAGAGGAGGCUAUUGAGGCCCUCUCGCUCAAUGGACGAAGGUUUCUGGGGUCAGAGGUUCGACUACGGGGAGUUUCACAGUCCGAAGUGCAGGACUUGAUUAAACCAAAAGUGUCUUCGAGAGAAGAUCGCUAUCCAGAGAGGAAAUUUGAAGCAUCCUUUGUUCAGGAGACAGACUUUGUUCCUAAAAGACCAUUGAGAGAAGAGCGCUCUCGUGUCUCUAGGGACUUGACACGAGGCUCACAUAGUGAAGGCAGAGAGAGUGCACGUGGCGGAACCAAGCUCUCCGGUCAUGAUGGUCCUACUUGUAUAAAGCUAAUCAAUUUACCAUUUAACAUUAAAGUAGAAGAGGUUUAUGACUUUUGCUAUGGCUACAGCAUAAUCCCUGGGUCUGUUUCACUGCAAUACGAUAAGAAUGGGGCUUCAAAAGGCACUGCAACUGUGGUGUUUGAAUCCCGGCAGGAGGCUCUCGCAGCCAUUGAUGAUCUUACUGGUAGACCAAUUGGCCAAAGAAAAAUUCAACUUGUAUUUCUAUAAUAUUACACAUUUUAUUGUCUUAGGUAGACAAGUGUGCCAUUUAUGUAUAUAUGCAACAUGCUUUUCUUUUGUAAAAUAAAUGGUUCUGUGAAAUUGUUUUGAAAUAA